AUGAUGAUCAGCAGCAGCAGCAGCAGCAACAGGGGAGGUGGGACUGAGGUAAGAUAUUUUAAGCCAUUUUAUUAAGACAAAGGGUAUAUUCUACAAAAAAAAAAACAUUGCUUAGCUGCUUUUUUGUCUUUGUGAAAUACAAUAUCUGCAUGUAAUGUAUGAUGCAUAAUUGUCAAUUCCAAGAAAUAAAAAUUAAAAAGAGUCUGAAUGCAACAUUUUUCUGCUCACAGGUGGAAUUUGCACACUUUCUGUCUUGCAAAAAAACUGGGUUAAAACUCAAACAUUGGAAAUCAACUUAUCAUAUAUCACUGAAGUUUUUUAUUCAGUAAUUUUUGUGAGCAUCUGAAGAGCUGUAUUUGGUCCAUUUACAUUCAAAAAUAUGAGUAUAUCCACCAUGGCUCUCGCAUUUUUCUGCCUUUUUUGGCCUCUAAGAGAGGAAACAAACAUUUGAGUGAUGUAACAGAGCAGAUCACACACAAAAUAGGACAAUUGAAAAAAAAAUAAACAGAAUAAUUUCUCUAUGUUUGGUUUAACCAUGCUGUUGGAUCAGAUGACAGUCUGGAUCAGUUGAGGAGUGAGGCAUUGUUGGCACCUGAGUGACCUUAUAAAUAAUGAAUGCGCUCCUUUGUUUCCACUUCAGUGGCCAAAAUGAACACACAAACACUUGCACAGGCAGUUUUACUUUUACGUAAUGUCACGGUGCUUUGUACCAUGUCUUGAUUGUUGCAGGACAGGGGAUGUUUAAUGCAUUUUAUGUGGCAAUUGAAGUUGCCAUUUGAUUAGUAAUUAAAAUAUCUGGUUGUGUGAAGAUACAUUCACAUUUACAAGGCAAGGGAAUGAGCUUUACUAUGUUAUUGCCCCGGUCACCGUCUUAAUAGUGACAGUCGCAUUAAGAUUGAUGUUGUAGUGUUUAUUUAAGUGUUACACUCAGAUAGAUGUGUUAGUAUGUUUCAGUGCGUGUUGGUGUUUGAGGAAGAAGCGAGGAGGAACAGAGAGAGAGGGACCCUGAAUGGCAGCCAGAGAUACUUCCUUGUGAUUGUCAGAGCUCAGCCAACAGAUGCAGAUUGUAAUACCCUCACGCUCAAUAAAAUGAGCAACUGGUCUGGUUUACAAUGUGUCUCCUACCACUGCGAGCCAAUAAGAAAAGGAUCAAUCCAUGGUUUGUUUUGUGGGGGGUAGAUCUCAUCUGCUUUUAAUACAGUAAAGCUACUUCUCUUGCAAUGAAAUCACAUCCCAUGUCAGAUUUCAGUACAUCUCCCAAGAAAUUGAUUCAGACUCUUUGCCUGAUAAUCAUGACAACAUUUUCCAGAUUGAGAGAGUGUUUCAUCCUCUGAGUGCCAUGGUGGGAUAGAACAGUUAUGUUUGCUUUGCACUGUGUAAGGCUGUAAAACUAAAAGCCCUACAGAGAAUCAUGGAAAUUAGAUUUACAGUUCGGUCGAUCCUCAUCUGGAGGAGGGCCAGAGUUUGUGAGGUGAGCAAGAGAGGCAGGCUGCUGAUAGGACAUGAUGGAUGGAGAGCGGAGAAGUGCUGAUGUAUAAGAAAAAAAAACACAAAAAGGGGAUGGGAAACACACACCCAUGCAGUUCCAGAUGCAAGUUCGUUUGCUUUUCAUCAUGACGCUGAACAGCAGCAGGUCCAGUUAACUAAAUAAUAAAUGGAGGGUCUCAAGUGAUGUCUUGCUUUGUUGCAUAAAGCUUUCCACAGGCAGAUCCAGUUCUAUGAGGUAUUAAAAAAAACAUUGAUGACAUAUUCUCACACUAACUGACAAGAAGGUCUUUCGCUUAGCUUUAUGUGGGAAAAUCGUGAAAACUUGGGAUUACAUGUGCAAGUUGAAUGAGUUCACUUCUUUUGCUUGGAUAAGAGCCAAAACUUCCGUUGGCCUCAGUGAUGAAAGAACAUUUUAUGGUUCAACUAGGUUUACAGACUUAGGAAUUUUGAGGUUUAAGCCUUUUCCAGAGGGAGGAGUUUUAAAGUUCGUAGUCCAUUACAUUGUGACUUGCUUAGAGGCACACGUAAAGACAGGUAUUUAUGAUGGGACAAGACUAAUGUGGGUGUAGAAGUUUUAAACAGCAGGCUGUUUUCAUUGCCUUUUUUUUUACUUUUUCCACAGCAAAAACUCAUGGUGAGUUUCACUCUUAAAGAUAAGUGGGUUUUUGUCUCUAGCAACAACUUCAACAGAACAAGAAAACAGGAGUAUCGCUGUGUCUGCAGACCAAUACUAGCACAAACCAAAAGAUCCUCUAAGUAGCUUUCACUUUCAAACGUACUUGCCAUCUAACUUAAUUUUGGUUUAACCAACAGUUGUAUAUUCAAUCUGAUUUUGCUGGAAGCAGGCUACAUUUAAUGUCUCUGUAUAAAUCUAUCUGCUUCUAAAUAACAAAGAGUUCUUCAACAUUCAGAUAACAUUUCCAUCCCUGACCCUCUUGUCUGCGACCUCUUUUAUGUGUACUCUGAGUUUAUUCCAAACUAAGAAUAGAGUGGAAAUAAUUCAACACAAAAAUAAGCAUUGCAACCUUGGAUACACGCAGGGUGAUUGAUGUAAUGAGAGCCUUUUGUUUUAAAAAGGGGAAAGGUAACAAUAGAUCAGCAAUGGCUGAAAGACUGACAAGUGCUUUGUCUCAUGAUGGUAAAACAAAAGGUGGUGUAAAUAUGCAGAUGUGGGCUGUAUUGGGAGUUUUUUCGUGUUGAGGUGUUACCAACAUGAAAGCCUUAUUCAGAUGUCCUCCUGUAUUAGUUAUUUGCAUGGAUACUUUUGUUCUGCCUAUCUCGUCUGCUUUGAUUAGUAUUUAGUCUUGACCUUGGAUGUUCACACAAAGUUGUACAAGAAGAGUCCAAAAGCUUUUCUACAUUUGCUGAUGAAUUUUGAAUAAAUCUCUUGCUCUGUGCUUUCUAGACAUCCCGACUCCAUCCAGAGAUCUCACAACAUUAUCUCACUGUGGUGGCCUGUUGACUUGGGGAUAAAGGCCUGUCCUAGAAAAGCCUGUGUCAAGCAGCAUAUUUGACCCUGACACCUCAUGACAGCGUGCCAUUUAUGUUUAGCACGAAUCACGGUCACACGGGACCUCAGAGAACCACAUCCAUUUUCCUGGAGGAAUGUAGGGAAACAUGUUUUGAAGAGCUGGUUAAGUCCUUGUUAUGAGUCUUACUAGGAGGCUCCCACUGAAAAGGAUUUUGUGAAAACCCAUGAAGUUUUUUUUUUUUCUCCUGAAGAUUUUCUGGAUUUGGUUGGGAUGUCUCAGCAGUGUUCACAUAAAGCCAUGCCAGAUCAUAAAAUCUAAAAUUAUGAGUGGGCAGCCAGAUGUAGAUCUAGGCCAGUGACACAUGUAAGCCACGACCUAAAGGCUUAUUAAGAGAAUUAAUCAUGGCUUGUCCAGUGGUGAUCACAAGGCUGAAAAAAACUCAUCAAAAUAAUUACUAAGUACAACCCCCACGACCACACCGUCUGUGCAGUUUGUACUUCCCCCUCGUACAUCAACAACACCAUGCCAUGUGAUUGUUGUGAUUCUCCUAAAGACAUUGUAAUUCAGCUGUAGCUUGGCCUGUGGCAAAUUAGAGGGUGCAGCUCUUCUUUUUCCUCUUUUUUUGUUUCAGCGCAGAGGGGAGACAGUUCAUACCAGCUCUGUGGUUUGCUUAAUCCCUGACAAACUGUGCUCCCUGCAGCAGCAGUAGGGGUGUGUUGUGAGAAAAUAAGGAAAGCUUCAGUGCCUGGGAGGAGACUGUAAGCAAGUGCUGAUUAUUUCAUGUUGAGUGCAAGUGCAUGUGUGUUUGUGUUUGUGUGUGCAGAUCUAGGCCUUGACUUUACCAGCCUUGAGUGACGGUGCUCAGAUGUUGGCCAGGAAAGACUGAAUAAAGAGUGUAAGUAGGAGGUCAUUCAGCAGCAGGGCCUAAAGUGGAAAAUGCUUCUUUAGUUAUCUCUAGAUUUUUACCUUGUGCUGACCCAUUCUGUGUUUUAUUUCAAUGCGGGCAGAGUCCAACUGAAUGGCACUCACACACUCUAAAAGAAAAAAAUCCUGGCUACACUUCGGUUACGUAACCCUCACCCACACGAGGAUCAAUGGGUUGUGAAUGUAACAUCAAACUGAGUUCAUUUUCUCACAGUUAUCACCUGUUGGUUACUCCUGGAAGAGAUGCCGCCUUAAUACUCCUUCUCUUUUACUGAAGGAAAAAGAGCCUGACUUAACCAGGAUUAAUGAAGUUGGCUACAAAAGGUUGCUCUGGAUCUUUUUGGUUCAUUUACCCAAUUUACUCUGUGAUGCUGCUUGGAGACAGGGGCGCACACGGAGAAGGGCAAUAGCAUCGCUUUCUAUACUAAAAACACAGAACAGCCAGUCAAACCCACAACUUGAAUUUAAAAGUCAAAUAAAAUCAAAGGUGAGAGCAUACAGCAAUGCACAAGGUCAAAUUUGUGUGGCGCUUAACACAGAAGAAAAAAACAGAGAUCAUUUGAAACCACAGCAAGUAGAAAGGCUCAAACGUCAUCCAUGAUUUGUUUACGCUCCCUAUAUUUCAAGGCGCCUGUUACCGCUGUUGCCAGAGUCUCUUUGCUACACUAAUGGCUUCUAGUUGUGCUAAUUAGGUCAACACGAAAACCAGAUCCUCAGCAUCAAUGCACAGGAAGCUCAAAUAUUACCGUUAUCCUCAUUAACAUGCUGCCGCCUUGUUGCUCUGUAGGGACAACAAAACAGUGGCACAGAGCAUGCACACUUUUCUGUUUAUUUCCAGAAAUUCGUCUUUUAGGCGUUAUCUCAAAGCCGUAAACAUUUUAUCUCCAUGCCAGAUACUUGCUCUUUUUCCCCAGGCCUCUCAUCCAGAUGCUCAGCCCAGCAGCCCCGCCCCUCUGAACAUGAACCACUAUGCCAAUAAGAAGAGUGCAGCAGAGAGCAUGCUGGAUGUGGCUCUGCUGAUGGCCAACACCUCCCAGCUGAAAGCGGUGCUCGACCAGGGGGCUGACUUCUCCUUUUACACCCCCGUCAUCACCCUGAUCGGCAUCUCCCUCUGUUUGCAGGUCACAGUCGGGGUCCUGCUUAUCUUCAUAGGUGAGAAAAUAAACAGAGCCUGCUGAGACCUUUUGGUGUCUUUGUUGUCUGGUGAGCAUCACAACCUUUGCUUGCCCUUUUUGAGUUUCUUCUCCUCCACCCUCUCUCCUCUGCAAAGUCAAGUCCACUGAUUACUGACAAACAACUCAUUACCCGCUAGCUGUUACCAUGACAACCCGCCUGACUCCAGGUCAGGGGUCAAUAUGUUUUUGUGCUGCUGGGUGUCAGGGGGAAAUUGUCAAUACAUCAUUGAGCAUGCUUUGUGUGUCUUCAAGUGAACAGCAAGAAAGGGAAAAAACGACACACAGGAGUGCCAUCAAGUCACCUGACUAGAGAUCUGAGGAUUUUGGCUUUAAAAGCAAAAUCUGGGGUUAAAAAAACAGGAUCAUAAAGAUUGGAGGAUGACCUAGGAUAAUAUGUUUCUGUUCAGGUUGAACUGCUGUUCAAUUUACUAUGACUAAAAGCAGGUCAGUGCACUUUAGCCGGGUCACACUGACUCAUUCCAGCUUUCACCAAGAGGAGUAAAUAAAGAGGACAUGUCAGUGUCCUUCCCUAAAUACUACACUUGUGGUGCUUCAUGUUUCCCUUUUUAGCUUCUGUGUCAGGAGUCAUCUAUUAAAUAAAAGCAAAAUACUUUGCAACAAAUAAUUGUUAAAAAAGUUACAGAGUCUUGACAAGUCUCUCAGUAUAAACCCAUUUUUAUCCCUAAAUGUCCCUUAAGGGGCUCCAUAGUUAUGCUACUUUUUACAGUCAAGAAAAUAUGCAUUGCAAUGGCAUCUUUUAGAUAUUUUAGGUCCUGUAUCCACCAAUGGUUGUUUUUAUGAUAGCAGUCCUAAGUUUUUAAAAAUCCUAUUUAUUCAUUUAUUUACUUUGUUUGUUUGUUUUGUUGCUGCAGUGACUGUGGUCUUACUCUUAAAUGUUAAAAGUUGAAGUUUGUGUGCUAAGUGGAGAAAGGCUGUUAUUAAAUGGUGUACACGUGUGUGUAGGCCCACACACGUCAUACCACCCCUGCAUGAGUAAGUGCCCAAGUUUGACCUCCCUAGUCCAAAAAAGUCUGGUUUAAUCAUCUGCUUUGAUCAGUAUUUUAGUUUUAAUCAUAAUGAAUCAAGAAAUGAAAUGUUCUCAUCUUUAGAAAAGAAAAAAAUCCCAUUAACUUUGAUUCUCAUAAUGAAUCAUAUUUCACAUUGAAAAUGGUUGUCUUUUGUUUUCUGUCUUCUAAAGCAUCACGUGUCAAAGAAAAGGUCAGUCAGGAUGUUAGUCAUCACACUUUCAUGAGGGCCGGACCCCCUCCUUCCCCCAAAUCCCCUGUCUCCACCACCCUCUCUUACAACCCCCCACCCUUGGCCUCCGCCAGAAUAUCAAACACAUCUCAUUCUCGUCGCUCUUUUCAUUCCUCUUCCUUCAUUCUCUCUGAAUUCCCUUAACCCUGCCGCCCUCUCCUCUCCCCUUGCUCACCCGCCCGCCUCCCCCAAAUUCUCCCCUCCCUCCCUCCCUCCCUCCCUCUCCUGUGGAUCCAGCUCUGUCUAAUGGAGCCAGUAGUGCGUGAUGUGAGUGGCCUACAUACCAUCACCACCACCACCCCCUCCAACCCCUGUCCACCCCAGCCCAGUCAGAUCAGACACACACAGGCGGGGUCCUUACACUGCUUACUAUUGGGUUAUCUCCCAUGAACACACACACACACACACUCACACACAAAGAGCCUGUAGAGCUUCAGCUGUAAAUCACCUCCCCACUUACGAAUACACACACACACGUGCAAACACACUCCCCUGAUCACACCUUGAUUUCAGCUUUAUCUAUCAGCUGGUCCAUGUGAUGAUGAUGAUGAUGAUGAUGACGAUGACUUUAUUAGUGUUUAAGUCAUUAACAGAAUUCGAAUUAUUUGUCAUUUUUGGAUCACAGGGCGGACACUAAAUGACAGUUUAAUACAGGAAAUAUAAGCCUCCCUUAAACAGCACACUCUUCUCUGCGUUGUUCUUUCGACUCACUCUGAAUCACAAGUUUGUUGUCAUAUGAAAGGUUGUGCUAUUGAAAAUCUGACCCUUUAUUGAUUCUUCUUAAACUCAUUUGACUUGCAGAAGAAGCAGCUUAAAAUUCUGGUGAAAUUUUGUGCAAAAUUCUAUUUUAUUUGGUCUCUAAAGACAAAGAAAUAUUUGUUAUCCUAACUUAUUCCCCAGGUGACGCAGAGCCCAGAGGAUUUGACCUUUUAUUAAAACACUGAUACAAAAUUCCAAUAACAGAAAACUGUGGCCAUGUAGAUUUGGAGGAUUAAGGAUGAACAUUCCAGCUUUGUGGCAUGAACAGUACUUUAACAUCGCUGUUUACAUGGCAAGUGAGCUCAUCGAUCAAUACUGUAUAUUAGCGACAAAGGAUUGUUGUAAAACAGGUACAUUUGACUUUAUUACUUGACAUGAAAAUGAUUUUAAUGGCAGUCUACAACCCUACAUAGUACUUUUAAGACUGGAGGUAUGCGUCAUUUUUAUUAUCUGCAUCACUCAGGCUUUUUCUUAUCAGCCAGAUGAUAAAACCCUGUUGAGUGUAUUUUUGUAGUUAUUGUAAAUGGCCUUGGCCAACAGAUGCUCAAAUAGAGCUUCAGUAUCAACAAACAUGACUUUCCAUUUGACAGAGUGUCUCUAAAGUUUAUUUUAGAAACUUUGCAGUCUUUUUAGAGGCAUAAAUGGGUUUAGAAAAUCCAAUUUAUCAAACCGAACUCUAGAUGUUUAUGACGUCAAUUUUGUGCUGUUGAAAGAUAAAAAGAAAGUGAUUCAUACGAACCUUUUAUCCCUGCAAGCCCUUUUCAGAAUGUAACAUUUUAUUGACCUCAUUUUUGGUGGGAUCCCUCAUGGACAGAAGUAUGUAUGGAUUUAUGGUUGUUAGUAAAUCAGUGUAUAGUGAUUUGGCCAGAGUCCCAGGAUACAGUAGACUGUUGUGUUUGAUCAGACAUUCACUGGGUGUGUGUUUGUGUGUGCGUCCUUGUUUUGCCCACAGUUCGAUGGGACCUGAAUGAUGAGCAGAAACACUGGAGGCUGGACAUUCUGGAGGAUUUGGCCACAUGCCUGGUUUUUAUCAUAGUGAUUGUGAACAUCUUUAUAACAGCCCUUGGAGUUCACAGGCCCAAACACAGUGACUGAACAAGAACACUGGUAUUAUUUUUUAUCUAAUCACAAAUAUUUUCUCUCUUUGGCCACUUCUGGUUCUCUCCGAAUAAACUUGUUUUUUUGUUUCCCGUCUCAAUGUGCAGUGCGCUCCAAAGACAUCCAUGAAGUCAGCAUUUUUCAAUCCUCACCUCUCCUGAACUAAACCUUCACAAUCUCCCUACCUGACCUACAAACACACUGACCUCUCCAGGCUCUCAGAGAAUUUUCCACCGGAAAACAGCACAAAAACAAACGAAUGAAAAAACCCAACAGCUGGCUCAUUUGCCAGAAAAUCAUUGUCCUGCAAACUGCUGCAGGCAUGCGGAGAAAAACAGAGUGAACAAGAGAGAAACGGCAGAAAAGACAAUGGGGUCUGGUGCACAAACA